GUGCGUGCGCGGUGUCGCGAUCGUCGAGGUGUUCUCCUCCACUGCGCCCCGCGUAUACUACUUGCACGUCGUGACUGUGACGGAGGAUUUGUCUUCACGAAGAGGGGUCAUCGCCGAUAGCGACAAGUCUCCGGUAAUCCCCGGCGAGGAAGGAUGGGCCGCAAGAAGAAGAAGCAGUCGAGACCCUGGUGCUGGUAUUGCAAUCGUGAAUUCGAAGAUGAGAAAAUACUCAUUCAACAUCAAAAGGCAAAACAUUUCAAAUGUCACAUCUGCCACAAGAAACUGUAUACUGGACCAGGACUUAGCAUACAUUGUAUGCAGGUACACAAAGAAGCGAUAGACAAGGUACCGAAUUCAUUGCCAAAUCGUAGCAAUAUCGAGAUAGAGAUUUAUGGAAUGGAGGGCAUACCGCCGAAUGACGCGAAGGAGCACGAGAGACAGCGAAACGGUGGUAGACCUGGCUCCCCGUCGUCCGGCGAGGAUGAGCCCGUACAGAAAAAGGUGAAACCUGAGGGUCUACUAGGCUCUGCUCCAGGUGCGAUGCCUGGUAUGGGGGGCGGUCUACCCGGAAUGCCACCGCAACCAGGUAUGCCGCCGUUGCCAGGUAUGGCACCGCAUCCAGGCAUGGCGCCGCAUCCUGGUAUGCCGCCGCAUCCUGGUAUGCCUCCAAUGCAUCCCAUGAUGCCAAUGGGCCACGUAGGACCUCCAUUUAUGGGUCCAGGCAUGAUGCCCGGCAUGUCGGGCAUGCCUUCCGGUAUGCAACCGCCAGUUUCGGGUGCAUCGAUGCCGCCGUCGCGUCCGUUGUUCCCGAGUGCCGCAGCCGUCUCGACAGCGGCAUCGACUGCGGUAUCGGUUACCGGAGGACCUCUCGGCACAGACUUCAAACCAAUCACAUCGGUGGCCGGCGGCGGCGGUUCCAUAGGCCCGGUAAAGCCGACAUUCCCCGCUUACAGUAGCGCCGGCGAACCCGCUGGCGGUAACGCAACGGGCAACAGCCUCGCCAACAGUGGCGAUCAUAAGGUGAAUCUUAUCGCGACCACAGGGGCCGCCAGUAAGAUCAUUCACCCUCCGGAAGAUCUCAGUCUAGAGGAAAUUAGAGCAAGACUGCCAAAGUAUCAGCGUCGUCAAACAGACGAAUCUGGACGAUCGGCGCAAUCGGAGGCGGUGGCGGUGGCGGUGAGCCAGCAGCAGCAGGUCGCCGCUAUGCAACAAGCGGCAGCGCAGCAGCAGCAGGCGGUGCAGCAACAGCAGCAGCAGCAGGCGCAGCAGCAACAGCAGCAAGCGGCUGCUGCAAACGCGGCGGCCGCGUUUCAGGCGGAUCAGCAACAGCGGCAGCAGCAGGCGGCGGCAUUGAACGCGCUGCAGCAGCAACAGCAGAGGUUCCCGCGGCCGCCGCAGACGGUCAUGGUACCGGCCUCAGCCGCAGCAAUGCCAGUCAGCUCGGUCGCGUUGAUGGCGCCCCUGAUGCGACCCACCAUGACCCUAGCCGCGCCUGCUCUCAUUCACGGAGGUAACAUGAUGCGACCGCCCCCCAUAGGCCUGCCACCAGGCAUGCUAGGGGCCCUACCACCGGGUGCCGCGAUGCAUCCGGCCUUCGCCGCCGCGCCGAUGGGCUUUCCGGGACCGAUGCUGACGCCGAUGAUGCAUCCACGCUUCAGAUGAUCGCCCCCCAUGGACGGGCCCAAUCCCCCGCCGCUGCACUUCGUGCUGUGGGCCCGCCCCUAAUUUUCGCAUGGGGUCUGGACCUGAUCGAGGAAGAGAGACACAUAGAGUCACAUACACAAACGAGAGAAGGAGAGAAAGGGGAGAAAUGAUGAUGAGAGAGUGAAAGAGAAAGAGAGGAAGCGGGAAAUAAUCUGCACGAUAGAUUUGUUCCCCGUCAAUUCUCUCUCACGAUCUGUUUUUUUUUCCUUUUUUUUUUAUUAUAUUGUUGAGAGGAGAGACGGAGAAACAAUACUGAGAGAAAGCGAGAAAAAGAGAGUAUGCGUGCGUGUGCGUGAAAAAAAGGGAAAGAAUGGAAGAGAGAAAGAGACACACGCACUCACAUAACGUCAUCGACAUCUGAGAGAGGAUUUCCUUCGAAGAAGUCGGGUGCGCGCUGGAAACGGUCGGCUUUUAUCGUUUUUCCCUCGCCCCCUUAUGCUACUCUACGAAAUAACGAAGCGGACGGCGCGAAAUGUUAAUCAUUCUUAUAUCGACUGCAAGUGUGCGUGUGUGUGUAUAUGCGCGCACCCACGCUAUGUUGGUCGUGUGCCAGGUGAGCUAACAAAACUCGAGCAAGUUUCCAUCGCCUUUUUCUACGGAAUGAAAUAAUAACGAAAUAAUCGCACUGUAACAACACCGUCGUUUGCCCUGCGCGGAAAUGCCAGCGCGAACCAUCUCUAUCUCUCUAUCUCUCUAUCUAUCUAUCUAUCUAUCUGUUUGUCUGUCUGUCUGCCGACUUACCUCGCAAUCUUUCUAUCUGCAUCGGACAACCAUUGUAUUACAGUCCGCUGGUAUGUCCGUUGCGAUGACAACAACGCGGCGCGCAAAAGACAUUAUCCUCUCGUACGAGAAGGGUCAAUCGAGAUAAUCCGAGGAUUCGGUACGGAAGUUGGUGCGUGUCUCGCAAUUUGAGGUCAGUCUAAAUAUAAAAAAAAAUUGCAUCUUAAAACAAGCUUUUUAAAUUACGAAUUUAUCGCUUAAUUUCCGUAACGAAUCCUCUAAUCAUCGACGCGAGGUAAUUGUGACGCCGCUGAAAUUUUCAGUGACAAGAAUAAGUCUUUAUAUGCAGACACCGAAUCCUUGAUAACUCUAAUUUUUCUCGAGUACUUUAUAAAUAUACGUGUAACUUCUUGAAUAUGGUUGUGUAAAUAAUGCAUACCGGUAUUUUGGUAUUACGAAAUUUGGACUCGGAAACGAGAGAUUAAUAUAAAUUUGAUAUAUGAUAAAAUAAAGAGAAAUGUUAGAAAAAAAAAAUUUAUUUAUUUUUAAGAAAUAUACAAAAAUGAAAUUCCUCUAGAAAAACACAUUGUUAUGUAUAACGUGCAAUACGAUUCAUUGUUAUUGGUCUGAAAUCUUCAAUCAAACGCGUUAAGACCAAUUCUAUCGUUGAAAAGUCUGACUGGGUCACAUUUACCUCCCGUAAAAUUGAUGAUUGACCCCGCGGUUCUUCAGGAAGUGAUUGUACCUUCAACAACGACGAAGUGCCACGUGCUUUCCCCUCUUAAAGACGUUUUCCUCUUUACGCGCAUUAGACCGUUUCCAUCACGCGCUGUUCCCCUCAGUCUCCGCGCACCUGCAGUGUCCUCUUGGAGAGGCGCGAUCGCGAAUAAGGUGGCGCUUCACGCUGCAGCUGGAUGAUGACUCGCUUGACUAAGUAGAGCCCGAGAUGAGAGAGUAGACUCUCGGAGACAGUUCCGUUCCGUUUGAUAUUUCGAAAUCUUUUUUUUCCUACCUCGAUUUGUCGAGUAAAACGCGAGGUAAGAAUUCUCGGAGGAAUCGAAGACGCGAAAGUACCUGACUUUUUUUUUUUUUUAAAGAUGAAAAAGGAAAUUAGACUUGUAUUCUCGGCGAGAACACGGAAGAGAUUUAUAUUUUAUUUUAGACCUUGGAGAGUUCGAAAAAAAAAAAAACAUGAAAUAAUAAAUUCAUGUAUAGUAGAUAUUUCGAAACACUCGCAGGUAAGUAGGCAUCAGGCCACGUGAUCUAUUUAUUAUGUAUAUUGAAAACCAGGUUUGUAAUUUGAGACAAUUAUCAAAUCUGUAGUUAGCUAUUAACUAUUAGCUUUGCUUUUUAUUUUAUUUUUUUAAUUGUUUUGUUUUGGAUUAAUUCUACGCGGCGCAUCUUCGAUUUCUCCGUGAUAGAAUUAGCGUGUGUAUUUCUUUUUUCGGACAAAUAGAUUAUACAAAUCUCAGAAUUAUUACGAUAAUGACGAAGGGACGUGUAAUGAUGACAGAUGAUAGGUACGAUACACAUUUAACUUAACCGGGUCUCACCAAAUUGCAGUAUCAUAUAGAAUCAAGAGCAUAGCAUCAACGGUAAAAGAGAGAUCGGGUGUACCUAUACGCGUUACAGUUUUGAAAACACAUUUUUUGCUAGCCGCAGUGUGAAGAUUCGGUCGCCUCAGGUUAGUCUGUCGCAAAUUUUAUUUUGUUAUUACUCCGAGUCGAGUCGAGGCACCCUCACGACGCGCGCAGCAAAAUCACGAAAUUAACUACGAAAAAAAUUUGAAUUUUUUUAAUCUAUAAAAUUUUUUACCAAUCUACAAAAUUAAUUUACACAACUUCCAAAUUGUGGCCUCGAUAAAAUUCUUGACGAAUUAUUUAAGAAUCGAGUUUGAGAAACUGGAUGACACUCGCAAAUAUCGCGUGCUGUAGUUUCGCGAUUUACGGUAAACGAAGGUGUGAAUUUAAGUAGGUGACAAAUAAUUUUUACGCGUGCGAAGGAGUCGAGGUUUCGAGAUAUGAUUUUAUCAAUUGAUUUUUGUACGCGAGGGCGAUCGACUCGGCUCAAGGAAAGCAGCCUCCCCCUUUUUUCCCCCUUUGCCAAAAGGAACAAUGUUGGCGACGCAUGAGUGAGUGGUAAGUACGGAGGGUGCUCACGGAAUCGAACACCAGCUCUCUACACUCGACUCACGCCGUUUUCUUCACUUUUCCUUUACCACGGUCUCGCCGAUUCUCACGCCGCCGGUCGUAGAGCGUGACCCGUCACGCCGAGUCUCGGGCAGACUCUUAUAUCUCGUGAUUGUUUUCGUCAUUUUCUAAAAUCCGCUUCUACUGUACGUGCAUCCGUCUGUAAGACACUUGAAUACGCGAAUUGUUCUAGCUUAGUAUUAAUAUAGUCUCGAAUAUAAUUGCGCACCUUGCUCUACGAUCGGACGACACGCCCAAUUCCCCCCCCCCUCUUAUUCCUCUACGCAGAACUUGGCGAACCUUUCCUACUCUGUCUACAAAACUUGGCACUUCCCGAACUUACUUUUAUCUCUCGUUCACUUUACAUCUUACCUUCUGUCUACUAUUAACUAUAUACGCUCUUAUCGGUUUCUACUCAGGGUGUCUAUUGAUAACGCUGACCGGAAUGUCGGUUGAACUACGGUGAAAUUUUCCGUUGCUUCUUGUACCGUUAAGUCCAUCUGUAAGAGACACACCGUUCCUGCAAACUGUAAAAGAUUGUGCUUUAACUCUCUACAGUUGGUUGAGAAUAAUUGUAUCGUUUUAAUGUCUUUUAGAGCAGUUAAAAGUAUUUAUCGAUGUCGCGUUAAUUUUAAUCUUAAGCACAUCGUUUGUCUCUUUCCGGAAUUAAGAGCCAAACAGAGAGGAAGAAUAAGGUCGGGAUCAAGAGUGAGAUUCACAUCGGCGAGAGCAACGAUACGUAUCGUUUUUAUCGAUAUCGGCCUUUGUCGAUUAAUUUUCCCAGGUCGGCUCGUCGUCGAUCCCUUUCUAGAGAAAGGGAGAAAGUAAACCAAUUAAUUAAUUAGCGAAAUUCAAUGGUACGUGUUCGUCCGUUGUCACACACCGAACUUAAACUUUUCGGCACAGUUUUCCGUUUUUAUAGGUCUCGAUCGAUUGACUCGUCCCGUCACGGGGCAAAAAAAAAAUCGAUCUAAAAUCGGGCCGAGAUUUUAAGCGAACGAUAAGCGGAAGAUUAUUAUCGCCCGUGUGCACGCAGUAGAUUGUUUACACCGCCGUGAUCGUUCGAUGACGCGCGUUACGUGGGCGCGGUGACGAGGAUUUUUUUUUACUUCCUGUGUUGUUGUCUUCAGUAGGCACCCUGCUGCUGGUUUUCGUUCUUUCGACCACCACCCUCGCCCACUGUCAUCGUCCGGUACUACUACCGACGUCUCCUCGACCAAAAAAAAGAAAAAAAGAGAAAAAGA